AUGAUCUCGCCGGACGACGACGACAACAAAACCGUCAUGCAAUUCUGGGUGCCCACGACAAUAAAUCCCCACAAGCCAAACCUAAUCCUAAUUCACGGCUUCGGCGGAUCGUCCAGGUGGCAAUUCUUCUGCCAAAUCUGGCACCUGUCUCGGAAAGUAAACCUCUUCGUGCCUGACCUCUUGUUCUUCGGCGACUCCUACUCCGGCAGAUCCGACCGGUCCGACGUCUUCCAAGCCAAAUGCGUCGUCCAAGGGAUGAAGAAACUGGGUGUGAAUAGGUUCAGUGUGGCCGGAAUUAGUUAUGGAGGGUACGUGACUUAUAAAAUUGCUGAGAUGUGCCCUAAGGAAGUGGAAAAGGUUGUGAUUGUGAGCAGUGGGAUUUGCUAUACGGAAGAACAGAAGACGGAGCAUUUGAAUAAGAUUGGAAGGAGUCCAUUGGAAUUGCUUGUGCCAGAGAAUCCUGAAGAUCUUCGUUGUUUGUUAAACUUGUGUUUGCACAGAUUUGAUUUGCUUCAAAGGUUGCCAGAUUUUAUCCUGCGAGAGGCCAUCGAGGCGGUGCUAAAGGAAAAUCGGAAGGAGAAAUGUGAGAUUCUAGACUACUUAUUAAAUAGAGAAGCAGAUUCAAAGCCUGGAAUUUUAAUUCAGAGGGAGUAUAUUGUGGUAUUGAAAUGUGUUGCAUUUAGUAUUAUGUUAAGAUUUGACUCGUUGUUAAUGUACGUAUGUAUGAAGGAAACAUUGAUAAUCUGGGGCGACAAGGACAGAAUGUUUCCCAUAAAACAAGCCUACGAAUUGCAAAGACAUCUGGAAGGAAGAGCCAAGGUACAGGUCAUGAAGGACGCAGGCCAUGCCCUCAACUUUGAUUCCCCUCUUGCCAUGAACAACUCCAUCAUUUCAUUCCUCCAAAACCAAUAA